CCAUGGAUGGCCCCGGGAUGGAGUCAGAAGGCAGAAUCAACAAGACGAUCUCUUCUUUAAUGAGCCAUAAAAGGAACUUGACAUAUUUGCCCUACUACCAGCACUCCCCACCUGUUGCCGCUAUCUAUAUAAUCUCCUACUUGUUUAUUUUCGCCUUGUGCAUGGUUGGGAACAGUCUGGUUUGCUUCAUUGUGCUGAAGAACAGCCGGAUGAGAACAGUCACCAACCUCUUUAUCCUCAACCUAGCCAUCAGUGACCUGCUGGUUGGGAUUUUUUGUGUGCCCACCACACUCGUGGACAAUUUAAUCACAGGCUGGCCCUUCAGCAAUGGAAUCUGCAAGAUGAGUGGGCUGGUUCAGGGCAUGUCUGUGUCCUCGUCUGUUUUCACGCUGGUGGCGAUUGCCGUGGACAGGUUCCGCUGCAUCAUUUACCCCUUUAAAUCGAAGCUCAGUCUGCUCAAGGCCCUGAAUACCAUCGCGGUCAUCUGGGUCCUGGCCAUCACCAUCAUGUGCCCUUCUGCUGUCAUGCUCACAGUGGUGCAGAUUGAGGAUCACUACAUGGUGUACAAUGACAACCAGAGCCUGGCUUACCCCUUGUAUUCCUGCUACGAGGCCUGGCCCAACGGCGAGAUGCGCAAGGUGUACACCACUAUCCUUUUUGCCCACAUCUACGUGGCCCCGUUGACCCUCAUCAUGGUCAUGUACGGUAGGAUUGGCGUCAAACUCUACAGGUCAUCGGGCCCGGUGAGCAAGCACAGGGUGGAGAACCAGGAGUGCUGCAGUGCUGCUGUCUCCAGGCGGAAGGUCAAGGUAAUCAAGAUGCUCAUUCUGGUGGCCCUGCUCUUCAUGCUUUCCUGGCUGCCCCUGUGGACGCUGAUGCUGUUCACAGACUACACCAAGCUGGAUGACGACCAGAUCGACCUGCUGACGGGCUACAUCUUCCCCUCUGCGCACUGGCUGGCCUUCUCCAACAGCAGCGUCAAUCCCAUCAUCUAUGGCUACUUCAAUGAGAACUUCAAGCGGGGCUUCCAGGCAGCCUUCAAGUUCCAAGUUUGCUCGGAAGAGAUAGGGCAUCACGAGGCCUAUUCGGAGAAGGUAAUGGGCAGCACCAGUGGCUUCAGCGCUCGCAACAAGAUCUUCACGGACAGGGAAUCCUCUGACUCCGUCUGCCUCAAGAACCUGCAUGCCAAAGCCCCCUGCCCCUUGCAGAAUGGACAGGCCCAGAAACAGGGACUUCACCGGCAGGAUAUUGAUAAAAUCACCCCUCUGAACAAAGUCUGCAACGCAUGGGAUGAGUGA